ACUGUCAACGUUUGUUUUGGUUUUUGUUGACGGCAGCCGCGGAUGGAAACGUUUUCCGUAUUUUCCACGUAAAAUGCUACAAAAUUCGUGAAAAACUCGUAAUUUCGCGUUCAAAAUCGCCAUGGAUAAGUUCUCGGACGUGUGCAAGUUAGAACCCAGCAGUAGCAGUGUCGGUGGUUUGGUAAUCAAGAAGAAAGACAAGGGCGCCGAAAAGGAUGUGUUCAAGAAACCGAAAGCCUCUUUGUUGGGGCUGGAUCGACUGGCGGCGGCUCAGCGGGCCCGGAAAAUGCAAGAGGCAGCUCGGCUCUCGUUCAAAGACUCGGACGGUAACGAUUUGGACGAGGAUGAAUACGGCGGGAAGGAUUACUCCGAAAGACGCGAGAGAAGUAAGCAUUCUGUGGCGUCGUCGUCGUCAUCGUCCGGUUCUUCCGCUUCGAAGCAGUAUCGAGAGAGUGCAGUGGAAACGCCUUCCUAUACCGGAGGUGUAACCGAUGCAGCGAGGAAAAGGUUCAAUGAUCGGUCUAGGGAGGAUUACCAAGGGAAAGGGUUGUAUGCGUCGAGUAAAACGAAGAAGGACCGCGACAGGGACGAUCGGGACGAUGAGGAUCGUAAGCGGCACAAGUUUUCAUCGAGCAGUUCGCGGAGUCGUCGAGGGGACUCGUCCCAUCGAACGCCAGGUCAUUACAAAGAUGAGCCACAAACGCCCCGAAGCGAUCGCCGUAUGGACGCCUUCGGAUGGGAAGACGACGACGAAAGGCAAGCGUCCAGUUCUCGUAAAUCGUCAUGGGACUAUCCCACCCCCAAGCUGCCCAAGGGUUCCGAAUCGGUACGAAGCAACCGGCCAUCGUCGUCGGCCUCGUCUUCCAGGAGAGGUCGGGAGGAAGACACACCUCGUCCGACUCCGGCCCACAAGUACAACAAGUGGGCGCCGGAUCGGAAGGAAUCCGGAGCGACUCCACACGGGAGCAAAAAGAAUGUUCCUUGGGAAUCUGAGGAGGACAAGGAUCUGUGGGAGAAAGAGCAAGUCCGGUUGGACCGUGAGUGGUACAGUAUAGGAGAAGGGUAUGAUGAGGAGAAUAAUCCAUUCUCCGGGACCAGUUCGGAGUACCUGCAGAAACGGGAGGAGCAGCUGGAGCAACGAAGAAUCAAACGAAUGUCUGCCCAGCAGAGGCAGAUCAACAAGGAUAACGAGUUGUGGGAGAAGAAUCGUCUGUUGACGUCGGGAGUGGUGAUGUCCAUCAACUUCAACGAGGAUUUCGACGAGGAAGCAGUGGAAAGGGUGCAUCUGCUGGUGCAUCACACGGUUCCACCCUUUUUGGACGGUCGGAUUGUGUUUACGAAGCAACCGGAACCAGUUAUUCCGGUGAAGGACGCGACAUCGGACAUGGCCAUGGUGGCUAGGAAGGGAAGUCUUCUGGUGAGGACCUACCGAGAGCAGAAGGAACGGAGAAAGGCUCAGAAGAAGCACUGGGAGCUGGGUGGCACCAAGCUAGGAAACAUCAUGGGGGUGGAGAAGAAACAGGAUGACGAGGACGCCAAGUAUGACGCGGAUACGGACACGGCCGACUACCGAAAGGAUCAGAAAUUCGCGGACCACAUGCAGGCACAGGAUGAUGGGGCCGAGUUCACCAAAAAGAAGCCAAUGUACGAACAGCGAAGGUCACUUCCGGUAUUUGCGGUGCGGCAGGAUUUACUGAACGUGAUCAGAGAAAAUUCGGUGGUCAUUAUUGUGGGUGAAACCGGAAGUGGAAAGACCACGCAGUUAACUCAGUAUCUGCAUGAGGACGGAUAUAGUCGUCUGGGGAUGAUUGGCUGCACGCAGCCUCGACGUGUUGCCGCUAUGUCCGUGGCUAAGCGAGUUUCGGAUGAAAUGAGUACCAAGCUGGGACAGGAAGUGGGUUAUGCCAUUCGAUUCGAGGACUGUACUUCCGAGAAAACAGUUAUCAAAUACAUGACUGAUGGUAUUCUGUUGAGAGAAAGUUUAAGAGACAGUGACCUCGAUGGUUAUUCAGUUGUUAUUAUGGACGAAGCUCACGAACGAUCACUGUCUACUGACGUCCUGUUUGGAUUGCUGCGAGAUAUCGUCGCCAGAAGAAGAGAUCUUAAGUUGAUUGUCACAUCUGCUACUAUGGACGCCACUAAGUUUGCAACGUUCUUUGGAAAUGUCCCCACUUUCACAAUUCCAGGGCGAACUUACCCGGUGGAUGUCCUGUUCAGCAAAAACGUCUGUGAAGAUUAUGUUGACUCAGCCGUUAAACAAGCCCUCCAAAUCCACCUUCAGCAAUUGGAAGGAGACAUGCUUAUUUUCAUGCCUGGUCAAGAGGACAUCGAGGUCACUUGCGAAGUUCUGGCAGAACGGCUAGCUGAAAUAGACAACGCUCCCGAACUGUCAAUCCUACCUAUCUACUCACAACUGCCCUCUGAUUUGCAAGCAAAAAUCUUCCAACGCUCCGCUGAAGGGCUCCGCAAAUGCAUCGUCGCCACGAAUAUCGCAGAAACUUCUCUCACUGUCGAUGGCAUCAUCUUCGUUAUCGAUUCCGGCUACUGUAAAUUAAAAGUCUACAAUCCUAGGAUCGGUAUGGACGCUCUUCAGAUCUAUCCCAUCUCGCAAGCGAACGCCAAUCAGCGUUCCGGUCGUGCCGGAAGAACCGGUCCAGGCCAAGCCUUCCGUCUCUACACCGAGCGACAGUACAAAGACGAACUUCUCGCUCUCACAGUUCCGGAAAUUCAACGAACCAAUCUGGCCAACACCGUACUCUUGCUGAAAUCCCUCGGAGUUGUGGAUCUCCUUCAGUUCCACUUCAUGGAUCCACCCCCUCAGGACAACAUUCUCAAUUCGCUGUACCAGCUUUGGAUUCUGGGAGCCUUGGAUCACACCGGAGCUCUAACGUCGCUCGGUCGCCAAAUGGCCGAGUUCCCACUGGAUCCACCGCAGUGCCAGAUGUUGAUUGUUGCCAACCAGAUGGGAUGCAGUGCAGAGAUCCUAAUCAUUGUAUCGAUGCUCUCCGUUCCUUCGAUUUUCUAUCGACCCAAGGGAAGAGAAGAAGAAGCGGACAACGUCCGAGAAAAGUUCCAGGUACCGGAAUCGGACCACCUAACAUACCUGAACGUGUACCAGCAGUGGAAGAUGAACAAAUACUCGUCCAACUGGUGCAACGAGCACUUCAUCCACAUCAAAGCCAUGCGCAAGGUGCGGGAAGUUCGCCAGCAGCUAAAGGAUAUCUACGUGCAGCAGCGUCUCAAGGUGCAAUCCUGCGGCACCAAUUGGGACAUCGUGCGGAAGUGUAUCUGCUCCGCGUACUUCUACCAGGCGGCCCGCUUGAAGGGUAUCGGCGAGUACGUCAAUCUUCGGACCGGAAUGCCUUGCUACCUGCACCCAACAUCGGCGCUGUACGGUCUCGGUACAACACCGGACUACGUCGUUUACCACGAGCUGGUGAUGACGGCCAAGGAGUACAUGCAGUGUGCAACCGCCGUGGAUGGUUUCUGGCUGGCCGAACUGGGACCCAUGUUCUUCUCGGUGAAGGAAACCGGCAAAAGCAGCCGCGAGAAGCGGAAGCAGGCCGCAGAACACUUGCACCAGAUGGAAUCGCAAAUGCAGAAAGCCCAAGAGCAGAUGGAAAAGCAGAAACAGGAGGAAGUCGAACGGCAGCAGCAGCAGAUGAUCAAGCAGGAGAUCAUCACACCGGGAGCCACACCCCGGAGGACUCCGGCACGGAUAGGCUUGUGAAGGAAAUCUCCUCACAAUCACAGCGCUCCUCAAAUAUCACAAACUACGGAAGCAUCCAACGACAGCGUUCGUGCUUUCGCUUAGCAUAUCAGAUCUCUUUUUCUGUGCAGUUAAUAUGCCUCUAACGGCAAUAAGG